GCAUUUAUAUGUAAUAGCUACUUAGUUUCGCUAACUAGGUGGUGUGACCUGUCUUCACCAACCAUGAUUAAUGGUUGAUUUUGAAUCUCGUUAGGUGGUCCCCAGAUGGGACGGCUGACCAUUUUCUAUAUAACUUCAAUAGCUAGGAGGGGAGAAAUAUCAUUGAAUUAGCAUUGCUACAUUGGUGAGGACACAGAGAAAUGAGCCUUCUUCAGAUAGAAGAAACUUCAGGAUGGAAGAAGAUCAUGGGUUUUGUGGGGCCCGGUUUUCUAGUUUCGGUGGCUUAUCUUGACCCAGGAAACUUGGAGACCGAUUUACAAGCUGGAGCUGCACACAAAUACGAGCUGCUGUGGAUAGUGCUGCUGGGUUCGAGCUUCUCUCUGAUGAUUCAAUCGCGCGCUGCCAAUUUAGGGGUAGCAACAGGGAAGCAUCUUUCGGAGCAUUGCAAGGCCGAAUACCCAAAGCCCAUCAACUACUGUUUAUGGAUCCUAGCAGAAGUAGCCGUGAUUGCCGCCGACAUCCCCGAAGUGAUUGGGACGGCUUUUGCUCUUAACAUACUCUUCAAAAUACCCAUCUGGGGAGGGGUACUUCUGGCCGGAUUGAAUACACUUCUCCUCCUUGCAUUGCAGAGAUAUGGGAUAAGGAAGCUGGAGAUUGUGAUAGCUGUGCUGAUGUCAGUCAUGGGUGGCUGCUUCUUUGCUGAGAUGGCCCGGGCUAGGCCCGAUCCAGCCCAGAUCAUGGAGGGGAUGUUUGUACCUAGAUUGAAAGGCCACGAGGCCACCAGGGAUGCCAUUGCUCUUUUGGGUGCUCUGAUCAUGCCGCACAACCUCUUCCUUCACUCAGCAUUGGUUCUGUCAAGAAAAUUCCCACGCUCCUUCCAUGGAAUCAAUACUGCAUCUAGAUAUUUUUUGAUCGAAAGCGGGAUCGCAAUAUUCAUAGCAUUUCUCAUCAAUGUGGCUGUAAUUUCUGUUAGCGGCAGCAUCUGCUCCGACGUUAGUCUCUCAUCUUCGAACAAAGAGCGCUGCGAAAAUAUCACUCUUAAUUCUGCGGCUUUCUUGCUCAAGAAAAUCUUAGGAAAUUGGAGUUCGAAAGUCUAUGCGGUCUCAUUACUAGCAUCGGGCCAAAGUUCUACAGUUACAGGGACCUAUGCGGGCCAAUUUAUCAUGCAGGGUUUUUUGGAUCUAAAAAUGAAGUCAUGGUUGAGAAAUCUAAUAACACGGUGUAUAGCUAUUAUCCCAAGCUUAGUAGCCACUCUCAUUAGUGGUCCAUCUGGAGCUGGCCGGCUCAUUAUUAUCGCUUCGAUGAUCUUAUCAUUCGAACUCCCAUUUGCCUUGAUUCCUCUUCUCAAGUUCACAAGCAGCAAGAUCAAAAUGGGCCACCAUCAGAACUCAUUGCCAGUGAUGACAAUUUCAUGGGCCUUGGGCUUUUCUAUGAUUGGAGUGAACAUGUAUUUCCUAAAUACGAUGUUCGUGGGCUGGUUCGUGCACAAUCACUUGUGGAAGGCCGGUUCAAUUCUCGUCGUCAUCGUCGUUUUUCCAUGCAUGGUGCUUUAUGUAGGCAUGUUGGUCUACUUAAUGUUCCGAAAAGAGACCAAUGUAGCAUUGUCUACUCCUUUGGAAAUGGACAUGGUUAGCCCCAAUCAAGCCCAGUUGGAGAAGGGAGCCCAUGUCAAUGGCCCAAAGGUUCAAGAGCUUGAAGCUCAUAUUGUAAGAGAGGUGGACCAUCCAAAAAUAACGAUUCAAGGGUAGUGAUUUAGAUCUCUUUUAUUGGACAGGCUUAGGUGUUUUUAUCAAAAUAAUACCAGUCAUCACCUAUCUUUAUUUCAAUAGCUAAUAUUUUCUUCUAGUGUUGCUUCUGAAGGGCACUGAUUGAACGGGUAGGAUCAUCUGAUCUAUAUGUAUUUUGAACCAUUUUCCA